AGUUAGAUGCAAUUUUUUUCAGAUUUUAGUCAAAAUCUUACAAGAUGGGUGAGAUAGGGCUCUCCAUCAAGCUGUGGAGGUUGGAAUAUGAUGGCGGCGGAAGCGAAUUCAAGAAUGUGGACUCUAGCUGCUUUAUUAUUCCUGAUGGAUCUCCCGAUACUUUUCUCAAGAUUAGACUUUUCAUUCAGAGUCUUUGUAAGACGGAGAAUAUGUUCACAGAUACUUUCGUAGAUUUUCUUCAAGAAAAUAAGAAUACUGUCAAAGAAGAAGAAAUGAAGACCGAAAACGAGGAGGAGGGGACAAAGGAAAUACCUGUUCAGAAAACCGAGCACCUCAGCGUGAAGCUGGAACCAGACUACUUCGAUGAAGAGGAAGAUGAUGAUGAUGAUUAUAUUGAGCGUCGUAAAUCAUCAAAAUCUAGGAAAUCCGGUGGAGUGAAGCGUAAGCGAGGGAGUGAAGGACCGAAGGUUUGUAAUCUCUGCACAAAAACCUUUGUCUGGAGGAAGAAUUAUCUUCAACAUCUCAACCAUUGUAAUCCAGCACAACUCCAGGAUGAAGGAUUAGAGUACAAUGCAGACCCUAAUACGAAACCUAAGUCCGAAGGAAGAAUUUACAAGAGAAAAACUCCAAGGGGCCCUUUCCACUGUGAGAAAUGUCCGCAUGUCUUUAACGAUUAUAGAGGGUUUCUCAGUCACAUCAGAGCACAUGACCUUGCUAUUACAGCGAAGGAAGCAGCAAAAGCAGAGAAAGAGGAUGGAGAGGAUAAUCUCAAACUAAAAGAUCUAAGAGACGGGGCUCUAAUGAGAUGUGAGAAAUGUGACCUAGCCUACUCUGCCUACCAGAUGUACAAGAACCACAUGGAUCAGUACCACAAGAAAUCCCUUUCAUGUGAAGAAUGUGGUCUUAAGUUCACUUUGGAGAAUACUCUAACCAGGCAUAAAUUGGAUUAUCAUACACUCUACCCUAAACAGUGUGAACAGUGCAGCGAGACCUGUUUGACCGCCAGAGAACUGUUUGAGCAUUUACAGUCUCACAAUAUUCAUUUUAUUGGAAAAACAUUCCCCUGCGAAAUCUGCGGAAAACUCCUGAAGAAUAAAUAUAGUUUGAAGGCCCACGUAGAGGCUGUACAUGACAAGAGGAAAGGAGGGGACUUCACCUGCGACCAAUGUGGAAAAAUUCUAAAAUCAAAGGCUAGUUUAGAUUAUCACAAACGAUCUGUGCAUACACAAGAAUAUCCCUUUAGGUGUGAGAUGUGUGGUAACAAAUAUAUCAAGUAUAACAGGAUAUAUUAUAUAUUGUUAG